UCUUUUCUUUUCUUUACUUUAAUCCACUCAGCCAUUACGCUACACAAGCAGAACCUCCUUGAUAUCUCUGUUAGUUGCGAUCUACGAUGGCCGGAAAAGGAGAUGGUCCUGCAAUCGGAAUCGAUCUCGGCACCACCUACUCCUGCGUUGGAGUGUGGCAGCACGACCGUGUUGAAAUCAUUGCCAACGACCAGGGCAACCGUACGACGCCGUCUUACGUCGCUUUCACCGAUUCCGAGCGUUUGAUCGGUGAUGCUGCCAAGAACCAGGUCGCCAUGAACCCUAUUAACACCGUCUUUGAUGCUAAGCGUUUGAUUGGAAGGAGGAUCUCUGAUGCUUCCGUUCAGAGUGACAUGAAGCUAUGGCCGUUCAAGGUUAUUCCCGGUCCUGCUGAAAAGCCCAUGAUUGUGGUCAAUUACAAGGGUGAGGAUAAGCAGUUUUCUGCUGAGGAGAUUUCCUCUAUGGUGCUAAUGAAGAUGCGUGAGAUAGCUGAGGCUUAUCUCGGUUCCACUGUGAAGAACGCCGUUGUUACUGUUCCUGCAUACUUCAAUGACUCGCAGCGUCAGGCAACAAAGGAUGCUGGAGUCAUUGCUGGUCUUAAUGUCAUGCGUAUCAUCAAUGAACCUACAGCUGCUGCCAUUGCCUAUGGUCUCGACAAGAAAGCCACCAGUGUGGGAGAGAAGAACGUGUUGAUCUUUGAUUUGGGUGGUGGUACUUUUGAUGUCUCUCUUCUCACUAUUGAAGAAGGUAUAUUUGAAGUUAAGGCCACUGCUGGAGAUACUCAUCUUGGUGGUGAAGACUUCGAUAACAGAAUGGUUAACCAUUUUGUUCAGGAGUUUAAGAGGAAGCACAAGAAGGACAUUAGUGGGAACCCAAGGGCUCUUAGGAGGUUGAGGACUGCAUGUGAAAGGGCGAAGAGGACUCUUUCAUCUACUGCACAGACUACCAUUGAGAUUGAUUCUUUGUAUGAAGGUGUUGAUUUCUACACCACAAUCACUCGUGCGAGGUUUGAGGAGCUCAACAUGGAUCUCUUCAGGAAGUGCAUGGAGCCCGUUGAGAAGUGUUUGAGGGAUGCUAAGAUGGACAAGAGCACUGUCCAUGAUGUUGUACUUGUUGGUGGAUCUACCAGAAUUCCAAAAGUGCAGCAGCUGUUGCAGGAUUUCUUCAACGGUAAGGAACUUUGCAAGAGCAUAAACCCUGAUGAGGCUGUUGCUUAUGGAGCUGCUGUUCAGGCUGCUAUUUUGAGCGGUGAGGGUAACGAGAAGGUUCAGGAUCUUUUGCUGUUGGAUGUUACCCCCCUUUCUCUUGGUUUGGAGACUGCUGGUGGGGUUAUGACUGUCCUCAUUCCAAGAAACACUACCAUUCCGACGAAGAAGGAGCAGGUUUUCUCAACUUACUCGGACAACCAGCCUGGUGUCUUGAUCCAGGUAUACGAGGGCGAGAGAGCCAGAACCAGGGACAACAACUUGUUGGGAAAGUUUGAGCUUUCUGGCAUUCCUCCAGCACCUAGGGGUGUUCCGCAGAUCACGGUUUGCUUUGACAUUGAUGCCAAUGGUAUCUUGAAUGUCUCUGCUGAGGAUAAGACUACGGGCCAGAAGAACAAGAUCACCAUCACCAAUGACAAGGGUCGGCUCUCAAAGGAGGAUAUUGAGAAGAUGGUUCAGGAGGCAGAAAAGUACAAGGCUGAGGAUGAGGAGCACAAGAAGAAGGUCGAUGCGAAGAAUGCCUUGGAAAACUAUGCUUAUAACAUGAGGAACACUAUUAAAGAUGAGAAGAUUGGCUCCAAGCUUUCUCCUGAGGACAAGAAGAAGAUUGAAGAUGCCAUUGAGAAUGCAAUUCAAUGGUUGGAUGGUAAUCAGCUGGCUGAGGCAGAUGAGUUCGAAGAUAGGAUGAAGGAGCUGGAAAGCCUUUGCAACCCAAUCAUUGCGAAGAUGUACCAGGGUGGAGGUGCUCCUGACAUGGCUGGCGGUAUGGAUGAUGAAGUACCACCAUCUGGAUCCAGUGGUGCUGGCCCCAAGAUUGAAGAAGUUGAUUAAAUCAUUUUAUUAAUUCGAUGUGAUUGUGCAUUUUCGUUUGAGAUCUUUUUACUUUUUUAUUUUUUAGACUAUUGGCCAAUAUUUUGUUGUCGUUUGAUAUCGGGGCAUCAGGAUGUUUAUUAGUAUUUUUUCUUUUUUGUUUAUCCAGAUUAUUUUCUGGAUACGUUUGAAAAUUUUCGGCAAUGCAAGUAAUUUUAUUGGCCAA